AUUUGAUGCACGCCAUGCAGCACUCUCCCAAUGGUCCUUCAGCUUCGCGCUGCCUUUGCAAGCAUUUGCUUGAUAUCGGACGGCCAGGCUCGUGCCACGCGUGUCAGGCCGAAGGCUGCUACCACCGCGCCGCAUGUCCAGCCAGCCACGGCGGCAUCAGUGUUCUCAGAUCACAUCGAUCCUGCUGUUUUCCAUCUUGACGUGCCAAUUCUCGGUAUCUGCUAUGGUUGUCAGGAACUUACCUGGAUGACUGAGACCAGCAAUGAUGCUGGUGGCACUAUCCGCGACGACGGCCGCGCCGAUGUGAAUAUCCACAACAACGGAAACGCCUACAUGGAUAGCCUCUUCAAGCGCCUGGUAGACUCUAUGCACGUCAAGGAAAGUUUCGAACACCAACCUGGUAUCAAGUUGAUAGUUGUUAAUGGCUCAGAGCUCUUCCUAAGCCGUCUGAAGGGUGUCCACAAGCCGGGGAAGAAACGAUAUAUCACACAACGGGCCCAGCGCCACGAUCAAGACAUACCACAACGUCAAAGGACUGCCGGAGUUUCUCAAGCUGAAACUCAUCGAGCCUCUGCCCGAGAUUUCAAGGACGGUAUCCGCAAGUUCAGUCAUGAGUUGGGCAUUCACAGAGACCUAGUCAUACGCCGCCCAUUCCCUAGACCUGCUAUUGCCAUCUGUAUCCUCGGCGAGAUUACUCCCGAGCAAGUCCACAUCGCCCCUGCCGCCGACCGCAUUUUCAUCUCCGGGAUCCGUAACGCAGGUGUUAAUGACGAGAUGAGCCAGGCGUACGUCGCCAUCAGCAAGGACCGUCGCGCUGUUAGCGUCCAGAGUGAUGCUAGAGCGUAUGGUCAUAUUGCCGUUCUGCGCGUCGUCGAGAUGAGAGCAGCUGCCAGAGCUGAAUUGGGAGAUUGGGGAAUUUAUCGGUUGAGGCGUGAGGUCGACUUGAUACGGCCCAUGCGGCCCUAAUGAGCACCGCAGCCAUUUUUAAAGCGAUCCCAGCCGUAGCCAUCUCUAACUUUGGCCCUAGAUCAUCCUAGUGCGCUCGGAGCAAUCACCACAGCGACAGCUUGAAGACGAUGACGUGGCUGAGAUCAGCUGCUUCUUAUUGAACACCUAGUACUUCGUGGGCAGCAUAUGGUUGAUGUGCCUAGAACACACUUGUGUGUUUAUCCCAG